AAACAUACAUCAACAAAUAAUUUGCUUUCUAACCUACACAAGAUUAAAACUUCAAUUCUCUCUUUGGUUACUAGUUCAAAGCUUUCAAAACCGUGUUUAUCACCUUAGUUUUUGCCUUAAAUCUAGCAAUGGAAAAGAGCAACGAAAUCUCAAGUUAUCAUAAUGAUACCGAGUUGAGAUUAGGCUUACCGGGAACUAAUGGAUCUGAAAAGAAAAGAUCAUUUUCAAAAAUUAGUGAGGAAUCUACUUCUGGUGUUGAAGAUUGCCAUGGCGACCACCAAAUCUCACAAAGAAAGGUUCAAGCAGUCGGAUGGCCUCCUAUUAGAUCAUACCGAAAAAAUUGCCUUCAAGCUACGAAAUCACACGAAGAAAGCACAAGAAUGUACGUAAAAGUUAGCAUGGACGGAGCUCCUUACCUAAGAAAGGUUGAUCUAAAACAAUACAACGAUUACAAGGAACUCUUAAAGGCCUUAGAAGAGUUGUUCAAAUUUAAAGCUGGAAAGGAUGAACCAACUUAUGAAGACAAAGAUGGAGAUUGGAUGUUGGUUGGAGAUGUUCCAUGGGAAAUGUUUAUUGGUUCUUGUAAACGACUUAGAUUGAUAAAAGGAUCUGAAGUUAAAGGGUUGGCCUAAAAAAUCUAAUUAAUAAUCAACUUUUUGUGACAAAUACAUCGUAAAUACUUAGUAUAAUUUUGUGAAGAAUGAUUUGCAAAUCACAAAAUUAUGUAACACUAUAUAAUACCAUAUACUUGGUUUAGUUUGAUCAAUUUUUAUGUAAGAUCAUCUUUUUUUUUACCAAGGUG